UAGUUUCAGAUCAAGUCACCAGCUCUCUCCCACACACUCCCACUGUCUCUCUCUCUCUUUCUUCUCGUGCUCCAGUCGGCGUUCAGCGUCUGCCUGACUGGGAAGGUGUUAGCAUGAAAGGGAAGGAGAGCGGAGGAUUCGCGGCAGGGCACCGGCUCCCCAGACUUGGCAACUUUUGAGGAACUUCUUCUUUUGGUCGGCGCGAACCUCAGCCGCGAUGAACAAUACCAGCGCAUGCGACUUACUGACCGAGAUCCCGAAUGUCGGCAAACCUCUGGUGAGCAUCGUGAUGUUCCUGCUGGGCGUGCUGGGGAACCUCCUGGCCUUGGUCAUCCUCGGGGUGCACAGGAAGGAGCUGAGAGCCAAGUCGUCCGUCUUCCUCAUCUUGGUCACCGGGCUGCUUGUCACCGACCUGUUGGGAACCUGCUUCCUAAGUCCCAUCGUGUUCGUGGAGUACGCCAAGAAGAAGUCCAUGAUUGGUCUGGUUGGGGGCCGGACUCUGUGUAAUCUCUUCUCCACUGCCAUGAUCUUCUUCGGGCUGGCCCCCACCCUCAUCCUCUGUGCGAUGGCGGUGGAGCGCUGCCUCGCCAUUAGCUACCCUUAUUAUUACUCCCAGCACGUCAACCGAACCUACGCCAAGACUGUUCUGCCGGCGACCUACAUUUUCAGCUUUCUCUUCUGCAUCCUGCCCAUGCUCGAGUUCGGCGAACACAAGCAGUACUGCCCGGGCACCUGGUGCUUCGUCGACAUGAAGUCCAAGUACACCUCCGGGGUGGCGUUCUCCCUGCUCUACGCCAGCCUCAUCGCCUUCCUGAUCGUGGCCAUCCUGCUGUGCAACGCCUCGGUCAUCGUCAGCCUCUGCAAGAUGCACAAAGGCCAGAGGUCGAGGAGGGGUUCGGUGCUGUCCUCGCAGAAGAGGAGAAAGAGCAUGUUCGGGCAGCGGGAGGAGGAGGUGGAUCACCUCAUUCUGCUUGCCUUGAUGACCACCAUAUUCGGCAUCUGCUCCCUGCCGCUGACGAUCCGAGGGUUUGCCAAUGCCAUCAAACCCGACAACACUGACCUGAAGGAGCUCGUGGCUUUCCGCCUCUACUCCCUCAACUCCAUCUUGGAUCCCUGGCUGUUCAUCCUCUUUCAGAAGUCCAUGUUCCGGUUGGUUCAGCAGCUACUUUGCUGCUGUUUCUCCUCCUCCAUCGCCGACAACAACCUCCAAGACCCGUUAAAGCGACAGAGCAUUUCCCUGUGCUGACUCAUGGCGGAGGAAGGGAGGGACGGUCUGGGACAGGAGACGAUCAGAUGGGCCAGAUGAGCCGAAGAGAGCUGCUACCGUGGGCGCCCGCUUUGGGAUACUACCAGAAUUGUCACCGCCCAGAAGAUGGAGAGCAGUGGGCUCACAGCACGGGGAGAGACUCUCACUCAAGUCAGCCCAGACUGGCUUCAAUUGCUUUUAGCACACUUGAUGCCUUGGCAGGAGCAAACUUUGACACAAAUAAAAAAUAAGCAUCCCACUAUCUGUUGUUCCCAGUCCCUCAGCUUCACAAGUUAGCCAUGCAGCCAGAUUGAUCAGUGAAAUCCCAGGCUCGGCUGAGUGAUAAAGGGCAAAACCAUAAUGUUGACAGGAUUGCGGGUGGGACCACUCGAUGCUCUCGGCACACAGCUGCACAAUAUUACAACGCUCGAACCCUUCGUUACUGCUCAUGGUCUUAAAAAAAACCAGAGAACUUGGUGUUUUAAAGCAUUAGCUUCAACAGCAUGCUGUACAAAAAGAUUAAUGAAUAUUUAUAACAGUUGUGCAUCUUCUUAGCGAAACUUUUAAGUUUGUACAUAGUACUUAUGUCAGGGUAGCAGAGCUCCUCCCUGUGGUUGUAAAGGAGUACUGCAGCACACUGCUUGAUUAAGAGGCUGUGUCUGAUACGCAUAUUGCCUAUAAGUGAUUGUGGCCAUUUUUCGUUGUAACUUGUGUCGUGUACGGUGCUCUGCAAAAGUUUUUGCCGCACUUAUAUAGCUAGGGUGCCGAAGACUUUUGCACGGUCCUGCGUUUGUCAAGGUGGAGCGGAGAGUGAGUUUUGUAACUCUGGAGGGGACGAAGGAUGUUGGGAAUGGUGAGAGUGGACCAUCGCGGGAAGAGGUGUGGGACAGAUGCCGGAGAAGGGCGCCAGGGGCGGGGAGCAGGUGGCGCGGGUGCGGGCACACCCAGCCCUGAGACACCAGGCAAGGUCGUUUGUUUCCAAACAAUUGGUUUAUUGAUCAUUACAGAAUGCCUCCCUGGUGCUUCCUGCUCCCUCCCCUCUUCCCAAACGUGAUUCCCCUCUCCCUGCCCCCUUCCCAUUCUCAGUCCACAAUAGAGACCCAGAUCAGAAUCAGGUUUAUCAUCACUCACAUCUGUCGUGAAAUUUGUCUUUUUUGUGGCAGCAGUACAGUGCAAUACAUCAAAUUACUACAGUUCUGAGCAGAAGUCUUUUGGCACCCUGGCCAUAUAUAUAUGCCUCAAGAUUUGUGCAGGAUACUGUAGUUGGUUUAUGGGUAUCUCUCUGCUCCAGAAGUGACUGUGCAAUUUUGUAAGGUCUAUAAAUGACAAUGCUUUAUGCAACCCGUGUUGAGUGUGACUGCAUGGUGUGUGAGUGCAUGUCGCAGACCGUUAAAGUGUGCGCAAGCUCACUAUAAAAGUGUUUCUUCUAUCUGUGUGUGCAUGUGUAUCGGAUCUAUAUGUGACUGUUUUGCAUUUUGCCUGUAAGCGAUUGUAUUGUACAUUGUCAAUGAAUAAUUGGAACACGUGUUCUCUGUAAGUAAUUAUGUUGUGUUUCUGCAGAGGAUUAAAAUAAUAUUG